AGUACGGAGAGAGCUCAGAUCCAAACGUAGCCCAGUUCUGGGUCCCCCUUUUUCUAAGCCAGCUGGUCUGGCUUAAUAUCACUGUGUUCUUUCACUUUUCUUUUUUAAACUCCUUUUCUUGUUUGAUACAAGGGAUUGACUGAGCAAACCCACAGCUGGAGCUGGUGGGGAACCUUCCAGGUGAAGACAGAGCAAGAAGCACUGGUGCACGCUGACAGCCGGAGAAGAGGAGCCAGUCAGCAGUUUGGGAUUGACAAGUGAGAAUCUGUGAGGACCUGAAAGUCAUUUGAAGGAACCAGAGGAGAAGACAUUUGUGAGGAAAAGCAGCUGAAAAGAAUCACAAAGAUGGGGAGAAAAAAGAUUCAGAUAGCACGGAUCAUGGAUGAACGGAACAGACAUGUGACAUUCACCAAGCGCAAGUUCGGCCUGAUGAAGAAAGCUUAUGAGCUGAGCGUGUUAUGUGACUGUGAGAUCGCCCUCAUCAUCUUCAACAGCACCAACAAGCUGUUUCAGUACGCCAGCACCGACAUGGACAAAGUUCUGCUGAAAUACACCGAGUACAACGAGCCCCACGAGAGCAGGACCAACUCUGACAUCGUGGAUACGCUGCGUAAGAAAGGUUUAAACGGCUGCGACAGCCCUGACAUCGAGGCUGACGACUCUGCUGGCCAGAGCCCAGAGUCCGACGAAAAAUACCGCAAAAUCAACGAAGACAUUGACCUGAUGAUCAACAGACAAAGAAUCUGUGGUCUGCCCCCCUCCAGCUACGAUAUGGGAGUGCCCGUCCCUGGCAAUAGUCCCAGUGGACUGAUGUACUCCCACCCUGGCCUAGGAGGCAGCCUGGGUAACCGCAACCUGCUGCCGAUCUCACACACACACCCUUCACUGCAGAGAAACAGUAUGUCCCCUCAGCGACCCUCCAGCACUGGAAAUGCAGGUCUGAUGGGUUCAGAGCUGCCGAGCACCAUGGUCUCCAGUGUGGGAAAUGGCAGCUACAGCGGCCACUGCUCCUCCCCCGGGCUUCUGUCUCCAGAGGGAGUCUCCAAAAACAUGCAGGAGAAGAGUCCCCUCUCCAUGAGCAUGAACCGUAAGCCUGACCUCCGGACACUGAUGCCCCCCUCCAAUAAGUGCAGCAACAUGCCAGCCAUUUGUGAGGACUUUGACCUCAUGUUGAACCAGAGGAUAAAUCACUCUCAGACGGCUCAGACACUGUCGACUCCUGCGGUCUCCAUUGGGCAGGGAAUGGGCGGGUAUCCGGCUACGCUCUCCUCUUCUUAUGGCACAGAGUUCUCGCUUGGCACCGACUUGUCCCCUCUGUCCGGGUUUGGAGGGUCCGGUCUUGGAUCUGUGAGCUGGCAGCAGCAGAAUCUACAGCACUCGGCACUCGGACACAUGGGGAACAUGUGUCAGAACUCAAACCUAAACCUCACCUCUGCUCAUCAGAAUCUGCAAAUCAAGUCAGAGCCGGCCUCUCCUCCAAGAGACCGUGGCAUUGGCAUGGUUGGCACGGGACUUGGAGGAGGUGUGACCACAGCUGGAUACUCCGCAUCUGGCCGGGGCCCCAGCGAACAGGGCCGCUCCCCCGGUGACAGCGUGUCUAGCUGUGGGAGUUCAUACGACGGCAGUGAGGAGCGUGAGGAUCAUCACAGAAACGACAGCUUCCUUCUCCGGCCUCUGUCUG